AGCAAGUCGGACCCCAUGGGUGUCCUCUUUCACCAUCGCGACGGUUCCUGGGUUGAGUUUGGAAGAACCGAAAUGAUUGCAAACACGUAUGACCCUACAUUUAUCAGAAGGUUCCGCCUUAUGUUCAAUUUUGAGGUUGUUCAGAGGUUUCGAAUCAUCAUUGUGGACAUUGAUAAAGGCCAGGACCCCAGUACUGUGCACCCGGAAAGCUGCAACUUUUUGGGGUUUUGUGACUUUGAGCUGGCACAAGUAUUCACCGGCGCUGGAAAGAAAUUGACACUUGAAUUGCGCGAUGACCAAGGGAAAACCUUUCCCAAGUCCACCAUAACUCUCACAGCCGAGGAGGAAACAAGCUGUAAAGACGUUUUCAGGUUCCAAAUCGAGGCUUCAAAUCUCCGCCCUGCAGACGCCCUAGGGAAGCCAGACCCCUUCCUACAAAUCAGUCGGCUGCAGGACGGCGGCACUUCGUGGCUUCCGGUAUUCAAGUCAGAAGCCAUCCGAAAGUGCACAUGCCCCGUCUGGCGAGGGGCCGAAAUGCGAGCGGGCCAGCUUCAUAACGGCGACAUGCACCGCACACUGCGGUUUCAGGUGUACGAUUACGAACGCAACGGUGUCCAUAAAUUGCUGGGUUACUGCGACUUGAGCGCGUCACAGCUGCUGGAGUUGGGGUCCCAGGGCGGCGCAGCUAUUCCGUUAAAGCCUCCGCCAGGAAAGCGACGACCGGGCAACUUUGGCACGCUACGGGUGAAGUACGUUGUGAGGGAGCUUCGACCGUCCUUCCUGGACUACAUCGUCGGCGGUGCGGAGGUGGGGUUCGUGGUGGCUGUGGACCUCACUGCCAGUAACGGGGACCCCCGACUGCCCACAUCCAAGCACUACAUCUCCUGCGCUCCCACGGAGUACGAACAUGCCAUAAUGGGCGUUGGGCAAGUUCUUAUGCACUACGACAAUGACAAGAUGUUCCCCAUGCUUGGAUUCGGGGGUCGCAAAUGCAGCGAGAAGGCCGCCAGCCACUGCUUCACGUUAGGAGAUGGUCCCGACGGCAGCUGCACGGGGAUCAGCGGAUUGCUGGCGCAGUACAGACGUGCGCUCGUCAAUUAUGCGCUUUCUGGGCCCACCUACUUCGCUCCGGUUAUCCGUGAGGCAACCCGCCUUGCCGCCGACAGCCUCAGAGCUGGCGGUCCCAUCAAGUAUACCUGCUUGAUGAUACUCACAGAUGGGGAGGUGAUGGAUGUGGACGCGACUAUCGAGGCCAUCAUCGACGCCUCAGCGCUGCCGCUGUCGAUCCUCAUGGUGGGGAUUGGCUGUGAGGAGUUUGGCAAGUUGAAGAUGCUAGACAGCGACAAGAGGUUGCUCACGAACGGCCGCCGUACAGCAGUACGAGACAUCGUACAGUUUGUUGAGUUCAACCGCUUUGCGUGCGACGGCCCAAGACUGGCACGCGAACUGCUCGCGGAGUUACCAGGACAGAUGGUCGACUACUGGGUUCGCAACAAGAUCCUGCCGCCGCAGAUGGUGUUGCCGGGGCCUGUUGGCGGGGAGAAGAACUUACCUGCUGACCGAUCAGCGAGCGUGGUGGAUGCGGACGAAUGCAUGGUGACUUUGGCGGCUGGAGCCGCAUCGGCGUGACUUAAGCAGCAGGGGCAGUCUGGCGCAUCUCGACGCGGCUCAUCUCAAUUCAGCGACCGGGAUGAUCAUAAAUGAAUAAGGAAUAUGGAACGCCGUAGCGUGGUGAGCAUGCGCACCGUUCGCCCGAUCCUGCAGGAUUCGCGUAUCUACCUACGUACUUCUUGAUCUAGCAAUAGUUCUAUCUAUGGAUUGCGUCUCCUAUGCGCCGUCCUUAUUUAUGUUUGCGCUCCUUUGCAUCUGCGUGCAUUCCUAAUUCUUUCAUCGACCUGCUGCAUCUACCUCGCUCGGCUGCGGU